AUGUCCGGCGUGAUACGAAACCAGUCUACCGCCACCUUCCAAGGCUUCUCCAUCUCUCAGCCUUUCCUCGGCGCGUCUUUGCAGUUCUACCCUGAGAUGGGUACCCAAGAACUCGACAACCUUGUCAACGCCUACCUUCCCGGCUCUGCUUCCAUCCAGGAGAAGCGCGCCACCGUCUCCAUGGACUUCUUUGCAUUCUCCCAGCUCACCGGAGAGACCUUCAAGUACUACCCCGUUGUCAGCAAAUCCAGCAGCUCCGCGACCUCCUCCGCCGGAUCUAGCCCCAUGCAAAACUCGAGCAGCAGCUCCAACUUCGUCUCCCCUGUCAUCUCCGACUGGUCCUGGUCUCAGUCUACCCCUAGCUCGGCCUCUGCAUCUACUCCCAUGUCCAGCAGCCAGGAAUCCGUGUGCUCUAAGUCGUCCAAGAGAGCUGCAUCUUCUGCGACAAAGCCCGUGGCUAACGACUUCUCCCACCUCCCCGGGAUGAAGAUCAUGACGAAGGAUGGUCGCGAUGUUACAAACUCUGCUUCCCGCGGGUGCAAAACCAAGGAGCAGCGUGACCAUGCGCAUCUGAUGCGCAUCAUCAAGGCAUGCGACGCCUGCAAGAAGAAGAAGGUCAAGUGCGAUCCCAGCCAUAAGAAGCGUGCCGCCACACAAGCUCAGGGUGCCACUACCGCGCCAGCGCGGUUGGCGAAGAAGGCCAAGACAUCGAAGAGGGAUUCGCCCGUGGCCACAGAAAGUCCACCACAAGCAAGCACAUCGUUCUCAACACCAGGGUUAUUUACAGAAUCCUCAUUCGCGGACCUCGAUUUGCUCAACAUGGCAGAUUCUUGGGAGUCCUUCGUCCAGUUCGACGACGAGCCCGCCAACGUCACUCCUUUCGAGUACGACUUCUUCUUCGACCCCGCGGGACAUCUCACUCCCGAGUCAAGCCAGUCUCCCAUUACUCCCUCGAUGGUAUCUAGCCAGUCCCGGGAUGGCUCCGAUGGCAUUCAAAAUGUUGCCAGCAAGCCAUUCCCCGACGAGCUCGAUGUCCGGCCACCGGCGCUCCCUUACCUGGACUCCUCCCCACGUAUCAGCAACUACGUCGACUUCAAUCUCUACUCGCCCGAGCCAAGCUUCCUGGAUGACGAUGUUGCGCUGCUCAGUGACAUUGGCACUGCUACCAGGGCUCAGAGCACACACUCUCAGCGCUGUGGCUCGCCUCAAAGCAGCCAGGCGUCAGUUCACCAACAAGUGUACCUCGAUCGCUCACCGGCGCCAGAUGAUUACUUGGCAGGCGAGAGCGGAGUAUCGGUGAGCGGAACUGCACUGGGAGGACCCAGAAUCGGAGAUCGCCGUCACCGUCACCGUCAACGUCCAUCGUCUGUGACAGAACGUGCUGGAGUACCGAGCGUUUCAAUGGUUUCACUGAUCGAGUCUGAGUCUCAAUCGAGCCUAUCCGACGUCAAUGCAACAGCACGCUGUGUACGCUCACAGCGGCUUGCGACCUCAGCCCUGCAACCAAGCUCACCACAAUUACUACCACUGCCACAUGUCACGUCCCGCUCUGCUAUCGAUCUCUCGGGAGUACAUGCUGCUCCACUUUUCAGCAUACUACCCGGAGUAAUCGGCCGUUUGCCAACGUCUGCUGUCGUCGCGUCUUCGCGCUCCUCGACCGUCGUCGAGGAGGCGUCUUGUUACGCGCGUACCACGAGGACAGGCAAUGGCGCUAAUGGUAAUGGAGCAGUUGCCAGCGGAGUGUCCAGCAGUAUUUCUUCGGAUGCUCAGCUCCAGCUUGCCACGCCAAGGUCAUCAGAAAGUUGUCACACCACCACGCAAAGCGUCACCCAAUCCUCUGCUGGCGUCUUUGUACUAGGCGGAGUACACGCUCUGACGGAGGCGGUUGUGGGUGGUAGCUUGACAUGCAAGCGCCGCUCUCUCGUCGACUGGCUGUCCAAGUCGCAGUGCCUAGUAUACGCGGCACUCCUUGUGACUGUAUUCGGUUUGGUUGCGCAAGUACUCGAGGCACAGGCGUUUGCCAGCCGACUCAUUCAACUCGCUGUUGGCCUAGCGAUAUACAAGGUCUACCACUCUUACUCAAGUCUCCAUGACUCGAGACCGGAACAGAGCCAUCUUGGGACCGCCACGCCAAAGCCGCAGGGCUUGAGCGACGGCGCGAGGCUUCUCUCCUGUGUCAGCACGAGACUACGACGUACCUGUCGACAGAACCAAUCCGCACAAGCCCCGGCUAACGGGGUGCGGAUACGGGUUCUGGGCCUCGCGCAAGGUUUCUUAUGA